AUGAAGCACGACCGGGCGGGUGGAGGGAUGGAGGAUGCCCCGACGGAGGACACCAGGCCGGAGGAAGAUGAUGCUUGUCAUGCAUACACGCGCACCUCGAGCGACGAGAUCCUCGAGCCAUCUAUUAGUAGUGGCAUGCGUCUAGGCCGUCUCCGAGCAGCUCAGCUCCCUCAAUGCAACCACCCCCGCGUCCUCUCCCUCAUGACAUUCACGAUCAUGAUGCAACCCAUGCCGUGCGACUGCGCAGGACAGGGGGGGUUUCUCGCCGGGAGGGCGAAACCAGUCAACCCAGCCCUGGCUUGA